AUGUCUCCUGCUGAGAGGCUGAAGGUGCUCCUCUUCCUGGCUCUGUUCUUCGGGACGAUAGGAUUUCUGUCCAUGCUGCUCUCCUGCGGGACGGAGUACUGGCUGCUGGCCUCUGAGUCCUGCGGCUUGCCAGAGGACAGGAGCGUACUGGGGAACGGAGGAAGUGGCCUGAGUCAUGGGAAAAGCAAGACCGAGGCAGCGGAUGGUGUGAGGUUCUUCCAUGAGGGUCUGUUCUGGCGGUGCUCUUUCAUCGCCAAGUCUGAUGAUUACUCUGUAUGGGACCUUUGGAACCCUCAUCAGAUACCGUCAAAAGUCUGCCGGCCUGCCUUCCUCUUCCCAUUUCCUGUUUAUGAGCGAAUCAGCACUCUGGAGCCCCACAAUGUACCCAGACAACCGUCUGAGCCUGACUCUGCUAUUGUGUUUAGAACCUUCUGGAGCAUCUUCCUCAUGGCAGGCGUGGCCGCGGUCAUGGUUGGUGGAUUUGUUGUCGUCUGCGCGGCCCCACUGGCCAAUCCCAAGCUCUACAAAGUGGGCGGGGCUCUUCAGCUUUGUGGUGGCCUGUGCCUGCUGGCGGUGCUGGUGAUGUAUGUGAUGUGGAUCCAGGUCCUGGACACUCUGGAGCAGUUCUCCCUCCGCCAGAGAGCCUCCAGCUGCCCCUCCUUCCACCUCCAAGUGCAGCACGGCCCCUCCUUCCUCCUGGCUCCGGUGGCGGUCUUCUUCUUCCUGCUGGCCGGCCUGCUCUUUGUCUUGGUGGGACGCAACACACCUCAGAUGGUGCCGACGAAAAGGAGCUCAUCAGAUGACCUUUCAUUACCUGAAGGUUAUGAGUGACUCUCUGAAAUGUAGAGGAUCCAGUUUGCCUUUUUGUUUUUUUAAUCAGUCACAGAUUUUGCUGGAGUUGGUGUCACUCUUGGCUCAUAUGUGAAGACUGUUUGAGCGCAAGUGUGGAUCUGGAACCAG